AUGUCUCGGGGAAGAAACACCACGGUGGUUACCGAGUUCAUCCUCCUGGGAUUCUCAGACCAUCCAGAGCUCAAGAUUUUCCUCUUUGUGUUGUUCUUAGCCAUCUACCUUGUGACUCUCACGUGGAACCUGGGGCUCAGCAGCCUGAUCAAGGUCUCCCCACAUCUCCACAUCCCCAUGUAUUUCUUCCUCCGUCAUUUGUCCUUCACAGACAUGGGCUUCUCUUCUUCUGUCAUCCCCAAGAUGCUCUCAGACUUCUUCAAGGAGCAGAGGACCAUUUCGUUCCUGGGCUGUGUCACUCAGUAUUUUUUCUUCAGUGGGUUUGGGCUGACUGAAUGUUGUAUCCUGGCUGCCAUGGCGUAUGAUCGUUAUGCGGCCAUCUGUACCCCACUGCUGUACACGGCCAUCAUGUCUCCCUCCCUCUGUAGGAAAAUGGUGGUUGCGGCCUAUACAGGGGGAUUCCUCAGCGGCCUGACUCAAAUGGGCUUAUUGUACCAACAGGACUUCUGCGGAUCAAAUGUUAUCCAUCACUUCUUCUGUGACCUCCGUCCUCUGCUGGCUCUGUCCUGUUCUGACACUUCCACCACCCAGGUCGUGGUCUUCGUUGUGGGCGUGAUCAUUGGAAUGAUAUCCGUGCUUGUGGUCCUCCUGUCCUACGGUUAUAUCACUGUGGCUGUCCUGAUGAUCCGCUCGGCAAGAGGCAGGUACAAGACCUUCGCCACCUGUGCCUCUCACCUGACGACCGUGAUACUCUUCUAUGGCUCCGGGUUUUUCGUGUACAUGCGUUUAGACUCCAGCUACUCCGAGAGCCGGGACAAGGUGGUGUCGCUGUUCUACUCGGUGUUGAUCCCCAUGCUGAACCCGCUUAUCUACAGUCUGAGGAACAGAGAGAUUCUGGACACCUUGAAGAGACUGAAGGAGAAAAUGGCAACCAACUCGAAACAUGAUGGGAAGCACAUCAAUCCCUCACAUCACAAGAACACUAAGGAAAUUGGGAUUGGCCUGAACUUCUCAGGGGCCCUGCCUCAGUGGAGCAGGCUGAAAAGCGUUCCAAAGUUUCAACUGGUCACGGGAAGAGACCAGGGGGUCGGGGGUGGUGGUGGGGAAUGUAAUAACUGUUUUUCGGGUUUUGUGACUGUUUUGUGCAUUGGAGCCGUAGCUUUCAUCUGUUUAUGCAUUAAAGCCAUAGCUUUCAUCGCAAGACUUGAUGGGAAUGCUGAGGGCUAA